AUGAGCUCUUGGGAUAUCGAACGUCAACGUAAAUUAAAUAAUGAAUUUGAUAAUAUUUUUCGUGAACAUGAACGUCUUCAACAAGAUCUUAAUUCAGAUCAAACUCAACAUUAUGAAUCUCUCUUAAAUUCUAUUAAUAAAUGGGAAGAUGAUGCUAUUAAAAAAAUUCAAAAAACAGCUAAAACUGCACGUAAUGAUAUUGAAAAAUUACUUAAAAAUACAAAUCAACAAUUACAACGUUUUGUUAAUAAUACGAUUACUGAAGAAUUACGUGAAGCAUUACGAGAAAAAAAUAAAAUUACUGAAUUUAAUAUUGAUAAAUGGUUAGUACAAUUAUCACAAGCUCGUAAAGAAUUAGAAAAUCUAUCUUCAACUAUUGAAUUUUCAUAUAAUAAAUCUAUUAAAUUAAUAAAAGUUAACCAAACACAUCCAACAACAAAUCUUGAUUAUAGAACAUUUUAUUUUGAAAAAAUUCGUGGUCGUCCAAUUUUAUACAAUACUGAACAUGUGAUUAGUUCUGUUCGUCCAACAAUAGUUUUAAGUGAAAAAAAAUAUUCUACUGGUACACAUUAUUUUCGUUUUCGUAUUGAAAAAAAUACUGAUGAAUUAUUUUUUGGAGUUAUUAGUGAUAAAGAUCAUCAAAAUUUAAUACAAAAUAAACAUCCGAUUGAAUCAAUUCAUGGAUGGUGGAAUAUCGAUCGUCGUGUUAUUGCUGGUCGAAAAGAUGCACAUCUUUCUGCACUUAAUAUAUAUAAUGGUGAUGAAAUAGUAUUAAUAUUAAAUUGUGAUGCACGUGAAAUUUUUCUUGAAUAUCCGUCAAUGACUAAAUUAAAUUCAAUUCGUUUAGUUGAUGAUGUUCGUCUUUGUUCACCGCCUUGGAAAGUAUUGGUUGAAAUAGGUAAACCAGGUAGAUGUUUGCUGAAAUUAAUCGACUGGGGUCUUAGAGCACAAGAAGCAAAUCGUACAGAAUAA